CGGCCGCACGGACUCGCCGCCGCUCAUCCUUGGCCAUGGGACCCCUCACGGCUCGGCUGCUGAUGCAGCGGGGCCGCCCCAAGACCGACCGGCUGGGCAAGAUCCGGAACUUGGACCUCUCGGGGCUGGAGCUACUCUCGGAGCACUUGGACCCCAAGCUGCUGAGCCGCCUGAAGCAGCUGCAGGAGCUGGACAUCUCCAACAACCAGCUGGACUCGCUCCCCCCGAACCUGGGCUUGGCACACCUGCGGGUCCUGCACUGCUCCCACAACCAGCUGACCGACGUCACCUCCCUUGCCCAGUUCCCACAGCUCGAGGAGCUCAGCCUAGAGGGAAACCCCUUCUUGACUAUUAGUGACAGCCUGAAAGCCGCCUUCCUCCUGCCCAACCUCCGCAAGGUUAAUGGCAAGGACGCCACCUCCACUGCUGCGCAGGGAAAGAGCCUGAACCGGGAGCUCACCAGCAGGGUCACUGCGUACUGGGAGAACUUCAUGGCCUCACUGAGCCCCGAGGAGGCCCUGGAAAAGGCCCAGGCUGAGUUUGUGAGCUCAGCUGUCCGGGAUGUCCGCUACGGGCCCGAGUCCCUCAGGGACUUCACGCAGUGGCGGGUGCAGAAGAUCUCUGAGGCACUGGUAGCCUCCGGUGGAAGCUACAAGCAGGCCAAGGAGAGGCGCACCCAGGAGCCCAGGGCCAAGACGGCAGCCCCCAAACGGCUGAAAGACGCCUCUUCCAGCCACGUGCCCAGCAAGCGUGUGUGUUCUUCCCACUUGGGGAAGAUGGAAGCAAACCCCCGGGAGCUUCGGGAGUCGGACCUGGAGCUGGAACCCGUGCACUUCCUGCAGUGCCACAGCAAGAACAACAGCCCUCGGGACCUGGACACCCAGCUGUGGGCCUGCGCCUUCGAGCCGGCCUGGGACGAGGGUGCCGCAUCCCAGACGGUGGCCACAUGUGGCGGGGAGGCCGUGUGCGUCAUCGACUGCCAGACGGGCAUCGUCCUGCACAAGUACAAGGCCCUCGGGGAGGAGUUCUUCUCCGUGGCCUGGACUGCCGUGACAGUGGUCACGCAUACCGGCCACAAGAAGCGCUGGAGCGUGCUGGCGGCUGCCGGCCUGCGGGGCCUGGUCCGCCUGCUGCACGUCCGUGCUGGCUUCUGCUGCGGCGUCAUCCGCGCCCACAAGAAGGCCAUCGCCACCCUCUGCUUCAGCCCCACGCACGAGACCCACCUCUUCACCGCCUCCUAUGACAAGCGUGUCAUCCUCUGGGACAUUGGAGCACCCAACCUUGACUACGAGUUCCAGGCCAGGCCCCUGCUCACGCUGGAUGCAGCCUCCAUCCCUCUGCGCCUCUGCCCGGUGCCCUCGUGCCCCGACACCUACCUGCUGGCUGGCUGCGAGGGCGGCUGCUGUUGCUGGGAUGUGCGGCUGGACCAGCCCCAGAAGAGGAGGCCGUGUGAGGUGGAGUUCAUCUUUGAGGGUGCCAAGCCAGGGUCCCGGAGAGUGGACGGGCUGGCUUUUGUGAACAAAGACGUCGUGGCCUCCAAGGGAAGCGACCUGGGUUCCAUCUGCCUGUGGAGCUGGAGCCAGACCUGGGCGGCCCGGGAUGGCCAGGCCACCGUGGGCGUGGUGGUCCUGGCAAGGCUGCAGUGGUCCUCCACCGAGCUGGCCUACUUCUCACUCAGCGCUUGUCCAGAUGAGGGCAUCGUGCUGUGCGGGGACGAGGAGGGCAGCGUGUGGGUCUAUGACGUCCGCCACAUCCUGGCUCAGCCGCUGCCUCUGCUGGCAGCCCCGCAGGCACCCAUGCAGAUCCUCAAGUGGCCCCAGCCCUGGGCUCUGGGCCAGGCCGUGACCAGGACCAUGGUGAACACGGUGGUGGCCAACUCCACCUUCACCUACCUCACGGCGCUCACCGACUCCAACAUCGUGGCCAUCUGGCGGCGGCUGUAGCUGAUGGCGGGAACCGACUAUUUUUAUUAAACUAUUCUCAG